UUAUCUCCUCUCCCGCUUAUCAUAUAGUAACAACAGUAAAUAAUAAUAAUAAUAAUACAUUAAAUACAAUUACAAAUCAAAACACAAAAAUAUCUGAAAUACAAAAACGUAAAGCGCAACAUAUUCAUAAGGCUUCUUGUUAAUAUAAAGUACCUGAGGAUGUAAUUCUGCUUAGUUAAGCAGGGGGCGUACAAAAGAAAACCAACCCUUCGUUCAACGGAUCAAGCAUGGCGGCGUACAGACGAAAACUGGUAUCUGCUGGACUGAGUUGGGCAGCUUCCUUGAUGAACGGGAGCGCCUGUCAGACUCGCCGUAGACUUGCUGUGCUGCCCACAAUCAUAAGGAAGAACUGGAUGACCUUGAGUGUCACAGGUGCUCUGUGUGCUGUUCCUUUCACCCAGAAACCAGAAUUUCUGUCCCAUGAAGACUUGGUACGGAGAGCAUCAUCUCUGGUCACUGACAGUGCUAAUACUUACCUUUCACAAACCACUUUAGCUCUGCUUGAUUCUCUCACAGGUUAUACAAAGGCUAUAAACAACCUUGUGACAUUGCACAAGCAAUACGUGGCAUCUAUCAGCAAACUUACUCCUGCAGAGGAGGAUGCUGUCUGGCAAGUCAUUCUUCUUCAGCGUCAGGAGGUAAUUGAAAGGCAAAAGGAUUGCAAACGAUUUGAAUCUUGCUGGAUGACUGCCAUCAAUCUCUCAGAGUUGUCUGCUGAGGCAGCCUUCAAUGCGGGGGCUGACCAAGCUUCUGUGACAGCACAGAGCAGUCUACAGGUGGCACAAUCCCAAGUGGAACAUGUUCGACAGCUAUCAAUAGAGGCUGAGAAAGCACUCAAAGACUCUAAAGCUGAAGAGAGUGAGAGGCUUCAAAAGGUCCUCAGCACUGCAAUGGAGGAGGAUGAAGACAUUCCAGAUGCAUAUCUACGAGAAGACUAGUUAGAUUAAGAACUUAUGCACAGUUGCUUUGCUUCAAUACACAUUUAAAGAAUUGUGACCACUCCAACACCAAGACCUACCCCACUACCAUCUGAAACACUGAAUCCUAACUUCAGUUAUUUAACUUAUAGAAGUGGCUCAAGACAAGUGCUGUGAAAUGUGCUGCUUAAGUGGCUAUAAGUAUUAAAAACCAAACUAAAGGGUGUGAAAAGGGGAGAUAAGUAAAGAAUUGGGUGAAUUCCAUUUCCAACAUCAGGUUAUUUAGUUUCUUAACAAAAAUGUAAGGGUCUGUUAAAUUCUGAAUGCAUGCCUUUUCUGUGGUGGGAUAUGCUUUUAAGGCUAUGGGUCCUUUUUAAAAAAAAUAAAAAUGAUGAUUACAAAACUUUGUAAUAAAUGUAAGCAAUGUUUAAUGCUAUAAAAUAUUUUUCUUCAUUUUCCAUGCCUUUGUUACAGUAUAUACUGUACAUUAGAGUCCAUCAGUAAAUUAUACUUAAGUAAUAUUAAAAUGCAUUGUUAAGGCUUUUCUUUUAGUUCUACAUUUGCAAUAACACCAAAAUAUAAAUUCCCUUAUUUCUGUUUCCUUCAUUCUGCAUUACCGUUUUAACAAAAGUAAUUAAUCUCUUAUCAGUCUUAUUUCCAACAUGAAAGGGCAUGUUCGACACUGAUGUCUCGAUCUCCUUAUCUCCACCUGUUGUUUCCUGUGUUCUGGUUUGAAGGGCCCAUUACCAGCUAAUCAAUCAUGUCACUAGAGAUGUCAGUCUGCCUUUGUGCUGUCCAGAGUCUUUUCACCUAUCACACACUUUCAUUCAACCCCUCAGAACCAAGGUCAUAUGUGU